AUGUUCUCUUCCUUCACUCUGUUCUCCGCCAAGUCCUCUGCGCGCCGGUCGCCCACUGUGACGAAGCUCGACAAGUCCUCGAUUUCUUUCCCUCGCCCCUAUGACUGGCCCGAGUUCGUCCCUGCUACGCCCGUGUCCCAGCCUGCCCUGCCCCGUGUGGAGAUCGACUACGCCCCGGCCUUUGGUUACCAGUCCCUGGGGUGCAAGCUUCUUUCUCUCGAGGACGCGCAGGGGCAUGUGGAGAUUGUUCAGCGUCUCUCUUUCCGCAACCCGAAGACGACGAGGACGACGACCGACCCGACCGACACUCAGGACCGAGGACCGAGGACCGAGGAGCAUGCUGGCUAG